AUGAAGUGUUUGGAGAAGGAUCACGAGCAACGGUGUCUUGUUUUCUUACGGUCUAAGAUUUAGGAAAACAUUAAGCACACUGACUGUUUAAUUCAAACCGUUCCCUAACAAGGGAUGUUUAGGUGUUCUUGACUAGGAAAAAUGAAAACGCAAAGACAAAGGCCACUCAACCACGCCUCACGUCGUCAGAGGGAAGGUUAACUUUUCCCUUCCUGGAAAAGGACAGACCUCGUGGUUUCACUUCAUUUCCACGUAGCCACGCCCCUUUCAGGUUUACCGCGCCGUUUGAUUACAUCACACGCCAUCAACACAAGAAAUAUCGCGAGGUCUCCACUUGCGCUCCCUUCGAACUCGAUCAGCUGUGAGAAUUACUUUUGUUCUCGCGAUAUUUUCGUGGACACCGGGCUCGGGCGACCCGGGCUUCUGUGAAACAUGGCGGUGGGCAGGGACCGUAGCACUAGCAUGACUAUAUGAAGGAAGAGGAAAGUUUUUCUGAAGAUGAGGCGACUGAAUCGGAAAAAAACCUUAAGUUUGGUGAAAGAGUUAGAUGCCUUUCCCAAGGUUCCUGACAGCUAUGUGGAGACAUCAGCCAGUGGGGGAACAGUUUCUCUAAUAGCAUUUACCACUAUGGCUUUAUUAACAAUAAUGGAAUUCUCAGUGUAUCAAGAUACAUGGAUGAAGUACGAAUAUGAAGUAGACAAAGAUUUUUCUAGCAAGUUGAGAAUCAACAUAGACAUUACUGUUGCCAUGAAGUGUCAGUAUGUUGGAGCAGAUGUACUGGAUUUAGCAGAGACCAUGGUUGCAUCUGCAGAUGGUCUAUCUUAUGAACCAGCAGUAUUUGACCUUUCACCCCAGCAGAGAGAAUGGCAGAGGAUGCUACAGCUGAUUCAGAGUAGGCUGCAAGAAGAGCAUUCCCUUCAAGACGUGAUAUUCAAAAGUGCUUUUAAAAGUGCAUCAACAGCGCUGCCACCAAGGGAAGAUGAUGUAUCACUGACUCCAGAUGCGUGCAGAAUCCACGGUCAUCUAUAUGUCAAUAAAGUAGCAGGGAAUUUUCACAUAACUGUGGGCAAGGCAAUCCCACAUCCUCGAGGGCAUGCACAUUUGGCAGCACUUGUCAACCAUGAUUCUUACAACUUUUCUCACAGAAUAGAUCAUUUGUCUUUUGGAGAGCUUGUUCCGGGAAUUAUUAAUCCUUUGGAUGGAACUGAAAAGAUUGCUGUAGAUCACAACCAGAUGUUCCAAUAUUUCAUUACAGUUGUGCCAACAAAGCUACACACAUACAAGAUUUCAGCUGACACCCAUCAGUUUUCUGUGACAGAAAGGGAACGCAUCAUUAACCAUGCUGCAGGCAGCCACGGAGUCUCCGGAAUAUUUAUGAAAUAUGAUCUCAGUUCUCUCAUGGUGACAGUCACUGAGGAACACAUGCCUUUCUGGCAGUUUUUUGUAAGACUCUGUGGUAUUAUUGGAGGAAUUUUUUCAACAACAGGCAUGUUACAUGGAAUUGGAAAAUUUAUAGUGGAAAUAAUUUGCUGUCGUUUCAGACUUGGAUCCUACAAGCCCGUCCAUUCUGUCCCCUUUGAAGAUGGCCACACAGACAACCACUUACCUCUUUUAGAAAAUAAUACACAUUAGCACCUCCUGGGUGGAAAAGAAACUUUUUGCCUGAAACGUAAAACCUUUUCUAAUAAUAAAAUGUUGUGCAAUAUAUUCAAAGAAAAGAAAAUAUGAGAACCGGGAAACAUGCUUAUUUAAAAAAAGGAAAAAAACCAGCCAAGGAAAAAAACAAACUGAAGUCGUCCUGUAUAUGUUGUGUCUGUUACAAAUGUCCUAGAAGAAAUUAUGCAGCUAACUGGAGGCCCAGCCAGAGUGCCAGGAGAAGACGGCACCUCUGAUGCUCUCCCAGCAAACGGACAGCAUGGAGAGCAGAGCCUAGAGGACGGAAGUGAGACCGUAUUUAAAGAAAAGGGCAUUGAUAAAUGCAAACGUGUGCGUCCUUUUGUUUUUAAAAGAUGUCAGAAUAAAAUGUGUAAAACAUAUGGAAAACUAGUCUAGACUUUAAAAAACUGUAAUCAGCUCAUGUGGUUAAUAAAGGAAACAGGGGCUGGCCCUGUGUUACAGCCAUAUUAAUGUUAAGCCA